UGGCUAAGUUGCUAUUGUUCCCAGUUGCUUCCUCUUUGUUAUAAUAGCACUGACAGUAGACCAUGGAAUAUUUAGUAGCAAGGAAAUUUCACGGAUGGACUUAUUGCACAGGUGGCAACCUAUCACGGUACCACGCUUGAAUUCACUGAGCUCCUGGGAGCGAGCCAUUCUUUCACAAAUGUUUGUAGAAGCAGUCUGCAUGCCUAGGGGCUUGAUUUUUUACACCUGUGGACAUGGAGGUGAUUGGAACACCUGAAUCCAAUGAUUUGGAGAGUAUUGGCUUUAGAUGAAGAGAUGAGUGGUUUG